CCACGUGCAGUUCGACAUCAUCACGAAACAGUACGGAAGCUUUGAAAACCAAAUGUACAUGGACUACAGGUGUGACUUUACCUGCCACAGCAGCGAGGCAGCAGUGUACUCAGCCAACCCCGAGGCUAGCAAAGGGGGGCAGAAUGCUCUGCGGGGAGUCCAGGCUGUCCCACGGCGCAGAAAACGCAUCACCUUCAGCAAGGCCCAGCUGGGGGACCUGGAGAAAGCCUUCAGCCUCACGCGCUACCCUGACACCACCCUGAAAGAGUCACUAGCCUCCGUCACAGGGCUGCCCGAGUCCAAGAUCCAGGUCUGGUUCCAGAACCGCCGAGCUCGUUGCUUCAGACGUGAGAAGCAGGCUGAGGAGGAUCCAGCAGCAUUGCUUGGGCUUAGCAUCACCCCAACUGUGCCCCCCAGCUGCCCCAAAAUUAGGAGGGAAAAGUUUGGCUGCUACAGACCUUAUGCCCCUCAGUGACCCUGCAGGGCCCCUGGCCCCAGCACGGCCAGAGCGGUUCGGCAGUGGGGGGCGGGGAAACCGCGGCCCCUUGCAGUUUAAACGCGCAGAGCAGCGGGACAAGGCGUCUUCUAGGGACGACACACCUUACCAGCUGGGCCAAAGAGACACUUACGCGCCAGAGCAGUCUGAGGCCGGAGACAUCGGCUCUGCGCUACGGGCAAAUCACGCUCCCUUGGACAUGCCCACUCAAUGCCAUCAACUGCACCACCAUCACCAUGGUGACCAGACGUCACAGCAGCAUGACGUCCUGUCUGAGUUCAGUGCCCACUCCUACCAAGACUUUGGUUUGGCUGACCUGGAGGUGUCUGCUGCUUUCGUUGACUACCUGCUCUGCUGAAUUUCAAUGUUACAUUGGAAUUGAAAUCAUAGUGGGAUUUCUAUUUUUGAAUCCAUGUAACUAAAAUAUAAUAAUGUGUAAUUGAGAUUGAUUAGUUUGACAAUAGUGCUGGGCACAAAAGCAUUCUUGAUAUAUAUUUAAUGCGAUGAUUUCUGCUUAAAUAAUUUUAUAAUAUAAAGAAA